GUCAACCAAUGUGUGGCACAAACAACAAAACUUCAUUUCUUCUCCUAUUUUUCUUCUUCAUCCACCCCCAAUUUCUCAACCCUUUCUGAUCAACACAACAACAAUGGCUUCCUCAUCUGCUCCUUCAUUCUCAACAUUCACUUCCACUUCUCGCUUCAACGACGUCGUUCCGUCAUCCUCUUCAUCUCCUUCAUCAAUCCUUCACAGAUUCUCCGAUCGCCACUCUCCGUCACGUUCCGUUUCACUCACCGCCAAAUCCUCCAACUCCGGUAACUUUUCCGGUGAUGAUCCGUUUGGAUUCUAUCCUUGGGAGUCAGCUUCCGGAGAUAACGGUAUUGAAUGGGAACAGCAGGAAACGAUUACAUUGUUCACUGCUGAUGGGCUUGUUCAAAUCGGAGGAUUAAUGGUUCCUAAACGUGUCUCUUCGUCACAGAAGAAGCAAUUGAAGUCAAAGACGUCCGCAAGAUCACAACAAUUUAAGGAAAGCAAUUACAUGGAUCCGGCUCAAGGCCUGUGUUUGGGUGCACUUUUUGACAUCGCAGCUACAAAUGUAGAUCUUCACAUUCUAUCGUUCAACAAUUACUUCAAAUCUUUUUAUGAGUUUGAAAAUUGGUUUCAGGGACUUGAUUCCGGCCGAAGACUUUGCAUAAUUGGAUUUUGCCGUUCCAUUGAGAUGUUAAGUGAUGUAGUUGAGGAUACCGUUUUGGAGCACGGUGGAGAAGUGGUUGUAGCAGAGAAGGGUAGUAAGGGGGGUUUAAAUGAAAAAUUAAAGAUGACAGUCGCUGUGCCGCUACUUUGGGGUGUACCUCCGGUGUCGGAGUCGCUUCAGAUUGCGGUUCGUAGCGGUGGAGGAAUUGUUGACAAGGUUUUCUGGCAAUGGAACUUUUGGUAAAUCGGUUUAAAAUAAUGAAUGUUCUUUUGUACAUAAUUGCUGUAUAAAACAUAUGCUGUAUCAUAUCACUAACUUUAAUAAGUGUAUAUCUAAUCAUUCAUGUGAAUAUCAAAUUGAUUCAAGGCAAUUGUAUCUUUUUAUAAUAAUCCAAGAAAAUAUAUCUUGAACA